GAUGGCACUGUUAUGGUAUGGAUCCACGGCGGCGCGUUCCAGAUGGGCUCCGGAUCCGGAUAUGACGCCACGGCGCUGGCCGCCGUCGGUGACGUCAUCGUCGUGACCUUCAACUAUCGACUCGGACCUCUCGGGUUCCUCAGCACAGGAGACUCGGUUUCCCCUGGAAACUUCGGAAUGCUGGACCAGGUCGAAGUUCUGACAUGGGUGCAAACAAACAUACGAGCAUUUGGAGGUGAUCCCGACAAGGUGACCAUAUUUGGAGAGAGCGCAGGAGGGGCAAGUGUCGGGAUGCACCUCACCUCCCCGGCCAGUAGGGGGCUCUUCUCAAGGGCUAUCAUGCAGAGUGGCACGGGUUUGACGGACUUUGCGUUCCGGCCUUCAGGAGUGGCAGAUGCCAUGAGCCUGGCGGAGCAGCUAGCCUGCAAUACCUCAAGCAGUCACACGGUGGUGUCUUGCCUACGAGAGGUGGAGGCCCAAGUGCUGGUCAACGCACAGCCACAACAGAUGUUGAAAGCAAAAUGGAUCCCAGUGCUGGACGCAAACUUCCUUCCCAGAAGCCCCCGCGACGCAUUCCAAAAUGGCGACUUCCAGAGAUCCGCCAUCUUGUUGGGAACGGCUUCGGACGAAGGGGCGUUGAUGCUAAUGAUGGAACAGCCAACCUUCCUCUCCAUGCAGAACCCUGGGAUACGCAGAUCGGAUUACGAGUCUAUUGUAGCGAACUGGGCUCGAUACAUGUACGGCGACGCGGCCGACCUUGUGAAAGAAGCGGUGCUGUAUCGCUACACUGAUUGGUCAGAUGACUCGGAGUCAGCCAAUCGGGUGCAGUACAUCCGGCAGACGACUGAUUUCUACUUCGUCUGUCCGACCAAUGAGAUUGCGAGGAUUUACGCGGGAGCGGGAGAGAAUGUUUAUAUGUAUCAGCUGACUCACAGAUCUGGUGCUUCAAACACCCCACCGUGGGUGGGAGUGCGUCAUGCUGAUGAUGUGCAAUAUGUGUUCGGCUUCCCUCUCCUGCCGCCCUACGACCUGCCCCAGUACGAACUGCGGGAUGAGACCCUGGCCGUCAACGUCAUGCGGUUCUGGAGCAACUUCGCGCACACAGGGAACCCGAACCGCAACGCGGACGGUUCGCGUCACGAUGACGUCACAAGAUGGCCGAAGUUCUCGACGAACGGGACGAACAGCUUGGCAUACAAGAAACUGGAACCUGGCCUUCCCAACGGCCGAGCGCUGAGGGCAGAGUUCUGUGCCUUCUGGGACAGAUACAUACCGCAUGUGCUCAACAUCGACUCAGAUUUGAAGAUAUCCACCAGAUGUCGCGAAACAUCAGCAGCCUCGUCAACAACGAUAAGCAGUCGAUUAUUUACAGUUUUGUUUGUUUUAAUGGUUUGUUUAUUAAUGAAUUAGGAGGAAAAUAGUACUGUCCUAAAUUUA